AAACAUUAAUGAAAAUUAAAGCUAAUCUUUGUAUUCCCUUUUGUGCUGUUUAUAAACCCCAUGGAAACUUUCACUAAUCACGCCACAAAUCUUCUUAGAGAUCAUCGAAAAUGGGAACCCAAACUUUCAUCAACUGUUCUCUCUCAGCUAUCAUCAUCACCUUCCUCGUUUCCUCUUAUUCAGCUCACUCGCAAGACCUAACCUUCAAGCUGAUCCACCGUGACUCUCCCCAUUCUCCACUCUAUAACCCUCUCCACACCGUCUCCGACCGUCUCAAAGCCGGUUUCCUCCGUUCAAUCUCCCGUUCCCGCCGUUUCUCAACCAAAACCGAUGAUCUCCAAUCCGGUUUAAUCUCAAACGGCGGCGAAUACUUCAUGAGCAUCUCAAUCGGUACUCCACCUUCGAAAGUCCUGGCCAUCGCCGACACUGGAAGUGACCUAACUUGGGUCCAGUGCAAACCAUGUGAACAUUGUUACAAACAAAACGGUUCAAUCUUCGACAAGACGCACUCUUCGACCUACAAAACAGAAGGUUGCGAUUCCAAACCCUGCAACGCGUUGGCCAAAAAAGAAAAAGGAUGCGACCGGUCAGGGAAGAUCUGCAAAUACCUUUACGGUUAUGGAGACCAGUCGUAUACUAAAGGAGAGGUUGCAACCGAAACAAUCUCUAUCGAUUCUUCCUCUGGCUCCCCAGUUUCUUUCCCCGGUACGGUCUUCGGUUGCGGCUACAAUAACAGCGGUACGUUCGAUGGAACCGGGUCCGGAAUCGUCGGUCUCGGACGUGGACCAUUAUCUUUGAUCUCUCAGCUAGGUUCUUCCAUAGGGAAGAAGUUUUCGUAUUGCUUGUCAAACACGUCAUACUCAACAAACGGCACAGGUGUAAUUAACCUAGGAACCAACUCGAUGCCUUCCAAUCCAAGCAAGGGCUCUGCUGUGCUCACUACACCUUUAAUCUAUAAAACCCAAAAUACUUACUACUACUUGAAUCUGGAAGCAAUCACCGUCCGAAAGACCAAGAUUCCGUAUACCGGAGGAGGAUACAGUUUGAACGAGAAGGCCACCGGGAACAUAAUAAUCGAUUCCGGAACUACUUUUACGUUUCUAGAAUCUGGAUUUUACGAGAAGUUUGGUGCGGCGGUGGAAGCAUCGGUGACCGGAGCUAAGCGUGCGAGUGAUCCACAGGGGAUGUUGAUACACUGUUUCAAAGCCGGAUACAAAAAGAUUGAUUUGCCGGAGAUAACAAUGCAUUUCACUGGGGCUGACGUGAAGCUGAGUCCGACAAACGCCUUCUUGAAAAAAGAUGAAGAGAUUGUGUGCUUGAGUAUGAUUCCGACAACUGACGUUGCUAUCUACGGUAACUUGGUUCAGGCGGAUUUUCGUGUCGGGUAUGAUCUGGAGGCUAAGACGUUGUCGUUUCAAAGAAUAGAUUGCUUUGGGACCUUGUAAGAGAAACAGUAUCGUUGAGCGGUAGUGCUAUGAUUAAUAUGAUACUCGUAA